AUGCUGCUACCUUCACACUACGCAGGUAAUGGGCGUGGCCACAGCCUGAUUGAGACUUUCAAAAUAAAAGCUCUCUUUUUUAACUUUUGUCCCUCUAUGUUGUAAAGCAGUGAAAAUCAAUCCAAGUGGAGAUUUUUUUUUUCAUAGUGUCUGUCUUGAAGGGAAAUUUAUCAUAGAAACAAGUUAAACAGCAAUUAUACUUUGGAAGUAAAUCUGUGCCAUCUGAUUCUUGAAUUUGAAUUUCUAAAGCUGAAUUUUUUUUUGCAUCAGAAUCAGACUUUGAGUUUCAAAACCAUCGAAUUUCAAGCACGCAUUUUUAUUUCUGCCACUUUUUUUUCACAAUGAUGAAAUAAAUUCAGUGUAAAAAUAAAGGUCUCAUAAAUAUUUGUUUAGUAAAAAUUCAACUUAAAAAAAUGUGUAAAAAAAUUCAACAUCAAAAAAAUUCAGUGUCAAAUGAUUCAGUGAUAAAAAAAAUUCAGUGUAAAAGAGACAGACUCAACAUCCGGGUAACCAGGAGAGGCAAUCGAUUCCUCAGUCGGUCUCUUUUAAAUGAAUUUUUAAGUUGAAUUUUCACUAAACAAAUAUUUUGAUAGACAGAUUUUUUUUUUUACUCUAAAUUUAUUCAAUCAUUGUGAAAAAAAUUAGUGUCAGAAAUAAUGCGUGCUUGAAAUUCGGUGGUUUUGAAAUUCAAAGUCUGGUUUUGAUGCAAAAAAAAUUCAGCUUUAGAAAUUCAAAUUCAAAAUCAGAUGGCACAGAUUAGCUUCCAUAUCAUACAACCUAUGUUCAGACAAAAAUUGCACAACAAUGACAAUUUUCAUCACUUGAAAACAUGCCGAAGUCUAGUCUGAAUUUCCAAAUUACAUGUAUGUCGUUUUCAAAUGCGGUCAGUGGUAUAUACCCAGAAAUGCGUCAUGUAAGACCACCAAUUUUGCCUUCCUCUGCUUUAAACUGACCUCUUUCCUGCACCAAGCUGUUGAUCACAUGUUUUGUGUUCUUUACAGGUGAGCAAUAUAAAAAGCAACAAGUAGAAGACACUGGACAUGGUAACACUGGGUCUGCAGAACAAGCACUAAAGAUAUGAAGACUUUAAGUUGAGUAAAUGGCUGAACCCAACCAUAGAAUACAUUUAUGUAAAGAUAUAUUUUUUAACCAACCACAUAUUUAAGGUAAUACUGUGAGCUGAUGUAAAGAGAUUAAUUAGUGACCUGUCUAUUAUACCACUGGUGCCAUAAAAACCACAUGACUUUGGGGAAUUAUACCUUGAUUUUUAGCCUUUUUGUAUGAGUUGUCAAGCUAAUGUACUACUUCAGUGUUAGUACAGGAUUGCAAACAUGAUUAAAUCAUGAUUUUGAUUUCUAAUGUUUUUUUGUUUUUUGAAAGCAGUGAACUAGGUUUGAAUAUUUGUUUGUCAUCUGAUCCUGGAAUCAAGUUGGACUUGAAUUUUUAGAUGAUCAAAUUGCAAUAUUUUGUAAAUGUCUAACUCAGACAAAUUUCUACCACUGUUCCAUAGAUUUCUUACUGUUGCUGUCAAGUGGCUUUUGUAUUUUUUUUUUUUCUUUACUUGUUUUUGGAACAGGCCAAUCAGAUACAUUAAUUUUAUUUGAUACAUUAUCAUUUUAAUGUACACUGCCUUAGCUGAUUGGGUGGCCUCUUGAAUGAGCUCAUUCAAGCUGUCAAUGCAGCAUGUAGCCAACAAUAAGACAUAAGAUAAGGUGCAUUUCUAGAUUAAUUCACUAGAUAAAUUAGACAAAUCCAAUAUUCAAGAAGUGAUUUAAGUCUGUAGAGGGGUUUGAUCUGCAAAUAUGUACUCUGUCUUCAUACAGUACAUUGUAAACUGUAAAUUAAGGCUUCUGUAAAUGGAUGAAUUGGUUAAAGUAAAUGGAGAGAAUUCAAAUACUUUAAAUUACUGAUAUUCAAAGGUUUGCACUGGUAAGGGCAUUGAUCAAAUAAUGUUUACCAUCAACUGCUUAUGAAUUAUGGUUUGGCCACAAGUCAUUUGCCAUUUUCUCUGUUGGCAACAACGCACUCACACAGAAAUCCCUGUGUAUCUUGCACACCAUCAUACACUCUCAUAAUGUAGUUUUUGAGUGUGCGUGGAAAUGAACUCAGUCACUCUAGAAGAAGUGACGAGCCAAUCUUAAAAUCAUAAAUGUGUGAAGUAUAUAUAGUUUGAUUUUUGAGCAAGUUCAUAGCAGUGAUUUUGCAUGGUGGUGAUGCAUAAUAAAGUGUUGACACAAAAUCUUUUUUUUCUUUUUUUUUGCCUAUGAACUCCAUUUCUUUUUCUUUUUCAUUCCAGAACAGCACACUUCAAUUGGCUGGGUUCAGCAGAGCACAUUUAUUAUCUGUCAUAAAUGCACUGUUGACUGCUCACACCCUAUUGUCUAUAAUUCAUCACAUAGACCCACCAUCUGAGGUAACACUAAAGCAACCAACCGGCACUGGAUCUCAUGCGAAUAUUAGAAGAAGAGUUUUACUCCCAGCCUGAGGCAUUAUUAUUGGCAUAUAAAUGAACUGUUUUUAAUCUUUACAAUUAUGCUUUCAUGGUAUUUAUUUUACAUAUUACCUACAAGCUAGACCUAUAAUAUCAAUUUUGGUACCCACCACAGCCCAAAUCAAGGUUUUUCUCAUUACAUUAUUUUUAAUCUGGUCUCUUAUGUGUCUGCCUCAGGAAAAUUGUGAAAGAAAGUGUCCUCCAUACUAGUGAAUUUCAAGCUUUCCCCAAGUAUUGUCUUUUAUCAGGUACGUGGCUGCACCCUGGUGUCGAAAUACAAGUAAUGCAGUUGCAGCAGCUGAACAUCAGUGUUCCCAGUCAAAGGUGCCAAUUUUGAUUUCCUUGGGGCACACCAGUUUUUAAUUUUCUCUAAUUAGCAAUGAAGUGGAUACGACCGUACAUGUCUUGCAAUAAAUCUCUUCAGUGCCGUCUCAGCAAGUCCAUUUAACUCGACAACAGUAUGAGAUUAUUGGCCUUUUAACCUGAGUGGGCUAUGCAGAAAGGAAAUGACAAUGAUGAUCAAUUCAUAUUCAGAAACAGAGCCAGCCCAAGCCUCAAUGGGGCCCUAAGCAAAAUUUUAUUUUUGGGGCCCUCUAUUUCUGCCAACAAUAUUGAUUGUUGAUCAUUCACACACCUACUACAGUAUAAAUUUAAUGCACCUGACAUGUUUAAAGAGACAUUUAAGGAGGUGGCCUAGGUAAUAACAUAAAUAACACCAAUGCAACCAUACAAAGAAUACCAAUGAAUGACUGAUGAAUGGUGUUCAGGGUGCCACAUAUGGUUUUUAAUCCCAAAAUGUAACACAUUCAGGAUGCUCGGUGCACAUUGCACAGCAGGGGGCACAAAACGGUAGCCGAGCUUUGACAUAUUGGCAGUAAAAAUCAGUGUUGUUUUUCCGUCCCCUUUUUUUCCACGACGAAGACAUGGCAUUGACGAGCUAAACAUAAGUCUUAGAUGUCUAAAAUGUGACGAGACGAAUGUGCAUUUAUGUUGACGAGAUUAGACGAAAACGUAGGUGGUGGACGCCGAACAGAGUUGUUAAAUUCAUGAGCAUUUCGUCAGUCAAAUGCUAAACAUAUGUUCUGCAGUGUUGUUUUCGUUGAUGAUGACGACAACGAAAACAACACUGGUAAGAAUCACAGGCUGACAUCACCAGCAGCACUAAAAUGUUUUUACUUUAUUUUAUUUUAUUUUUAUGAUAAUAUAUAUAUAUAUGAUCAUACAGAAAGCAUCACUCAUACAUGCAAAAAAUGAAAAAUAUUUUAUUUAUUUAUUUUUGUUGAUUGCUCUUGAGAGGCCCCCCUACUGGCUGUGGGGCCCUGAGCAGACGCUUAGUUCGCUUAUGCCUUGGGCCGGCUCUGUUCAGAAAUAUUAGUCCAUGCAAAUGUGAAGCCAAAGUGUUUUUUCAAUUUGAUAGUUUUCGUGUCUUAUAAUCUUACAAUAGAUAUGGGCGUAACAAUUUAUUUUUGGUGUGUCUUUUACUUGACAUUAUAUAGAAAAACAAAGAAAAAAAACAAGAGACUCGGUGUUUUUAAACGAUUUCCUCAUAUUUCAUGUAAAACUGAAUUAACUUGAGAUUUAUUCAGUCGUAGAUGGUGGCAAAGGGACUCGUUUCGCUCUAAAUUACAACCGAGCUCAUCCUGGGUAGAAGGAAUGAUGUUACCAAAAUCGACAAGACGAAAAGCUGUCAGAUGUUCUGAAUGAUCAACGCAUCAGAACUCGAUUGGUCAAAUUUACGACAGAUGUCAGCGACGGACCAAUCAGCUUCAAACCUGGUGGAGUAGCGUCCAAUCAACUGCCCGCUGACAACUCAUCGUCUUGCGAGAAUACAGAAUGGGCGUCUGAGGGUGGGGUGACUCAGCCGGAAAACAGCGAAUUUCAACACCUAGUAACCUGCGAAUCGGAGUUCACUGGUAAGUCACAUUUUGCUUUGCUGAACAAUUCGAGUGUGCAACUUGUUUCGUAGUGUUCACAAUGAACUCCACAUGCAAAAACCUGAGCGUAACUAACGUGUGUGUCGGCGGCUCGUACGGAGAUGUUAGUCACCCAGGGUCAGGGCAUAUGUCGGCUGUCACUAUUUUGACAUAGACGGUAGUAGGCACAAAUUAGCUUACUGUAAAAUUGGCCGUUAGGUGAACAAAGCGGGUAAGACUGCUCCUAUAUGUUAAACCUUAUUGGUAAAGAAGACUUUCCUUUUCGCUUUCGAACAGCUUGACUGUGUAUUAGCCUUUACUAACGUUCAUUUAUCCCUCCUGUUUAUGACAUUUCUUAGACGGAGCUGAGUUAGCUUCACUUACAGCCGCUAGCUGCUCCGGUGAAAUCUCAGAAAAAUGCUAAGACUCCCAUAAUGCUACCAUUAAAGCUGAUUCCAGCAGGGACUGAAGAGGGGUCAUAGUACUUUGCAUACCUUAUCUUAAGCAUUAAGCAUUAACCAAACUUGUAACCUGUCAAAUUACAGUUUGGGUUAACAGUGACCUCCUUUCAUGCAUAUAUAUGUUUUAGGUGUAAUGUCUGUUGGGUGGACCUGCCACUGCCAACACGCCACCCACCCUUUCCAUUACCCAGUCCCCCCAAAAAAGAGCUGCAUGUCCUCUUGAAAUGACUCAAUAGACAGAGCAGUGAUUCACUGUAACCUUUUUAAAGGCAUUAAACAGAGACUGCACAGCAUCAUCAUCCUCCAGCUGUGUGUAAUCCACUUGUUACCCCACCCUCAUACAACUAAAAGCAUGCUAAUGAAGAGAAAAACUAGUUAGAGCAGCUGUUAUGACUUGGCUUGCUUGAUUACAGAGUGAUGCACACCUGAUACUACCACAAAUCAAUUUACACGAAUCCAUUUCAACAAAUGCAUUAUCUAAAGAUACACUAAUCCCGGUAUUUGUAUGUGAUGAGGUUACAGUUUCUGGGAUUGCAGCUCCUGACUUGCAGCGUCAUUUAGCUGACAUGAAUAUUUUUCAGACUUUGUCCCUGCAAGUAGGUUGACUGCAUAGUCUCUACAACUGAACCAUAUCUACACACUGUAAAGGGAUAUUUCGGCGUAAAUUUAAGUUAGGGUCAAACACACCAUAACACCGAGUUAGACACUCCCUUAAGAGAUAAAUGUUGCAGACUGCUUGCUUCUCUAGUUUUACCAACUUUAUUGCAACCGCACGAUAGCAAGACACAGCAGUCUAUGGCUCCACAUACAAACCUCAACCAAAAAGCCACAAAUAAUGCUCAGAACAACACUUAACUUCAUCAACAGUACAUAUAGGGUCCCAGCCAUAGUACUAGCCACCAAACAUCUUUUUAGCUUUGCCUAAUUUCUUUAGCAAAGAGUCUAAACACAACUCACCUACUCUCUUCAAGCAGCCGCUUGUUUGUAGGAAGACCUCAGAAGAGUCCAUCACCGACUGCAGUGGGGUGACGCAGCUCAAGGAAGAACAUUUAUGAUAAUUUCUUCAUGGAAAUGCAAUCAGACCGAGUCGCUAAGGCAGAACUACCACGUCUGCAGCACAAAAUGAUUAAUAUGGUGAUUAUUACUUCAAAGAAAUGAUAAAGAAAUGAUCAUAAAUGUUCUUGCUUGUGCUGCGUCACCCCGCUGUAGUCCGUAAUGGACUGACCUGAGGUCACAAGCGGCUGCUGGAAGAGAGUAGGUGAGUUAUGUUUAGACUCUUUGCUGAAGAAAUUAGGCAAAGCUAAAAAGAUUUUUGGUGGCUAGUACUAUGGCUGGGACCCGUUAUGUCCUGUUGAUGAAAUUAGGUGCUGUUCUGAGCAUUAUUUGUGGCUAUAGAGUGGCGUUUUGGUUGAGGUUUGUUUAUGGCUCCUCAGACCGCUGUGUAUUGCUAAGGUGUGGUCGUUACUAAAGUUGGUAAGCAAGUGGUCGGCAACAUUAAUCUCUUGACGGGGUGUCUAACUCAGUAUUAUGGUGUGUUUGACCCUAAACUCACAACUCCCCGUUCAUCUGAGACACAGGUGGGUCAGGGAAAUAAAAUGACCUAACCAAAUAUUUAACUGCACCUCAGGACAACUGUUUUGGCCACUCAGGAUUUCUAUGCGAUUCCUGUAAAUCCCUUUCGUAGUUAAAAUACCUUCCCUAUGGUGGAGAAAAGCCUCGAAGAUAUGUUUUGCGUCUUGUCUGAAAGACUCGUACCUUCUUCUCUGUGGUAACUGAAACAACAUUGCUAUGCUUGGAUCAGCCAUUCCUUUGAGAAAAGCUGCUGAAGAGACACUUGGACUUUUAAAAUAACUGCAGAUAUGUCUUUGUUUUUUUUUUUGUUGGAUAUUAAAGCUUCCAUUUUGUUGAGAGUGCAAAGGAGGACCACCUCUGUACAGGUUUCUUUGUCUCUCUUAUUAUUUUUCUCUUGUUAUUACAGUAUUCCCAUUUGCUUCACUUAAGUCCUCUUAGUCUGAUCAUUACUGCUCGGCAGGACACGCAUGCUUUACUUCUGUGGUGACACUGAAAGGCCUGUCAGACUGGGAAGUGACAUCUCAUGACAGCCAGGCACAGACUUUUGGCAACCAAUCUACCAGUGGCUGCCCGUGUCACAGGGUUUGCACUGAGAGUAGAAAGAAUGCUGUAUUGUCAACAUGAUUUAUCGUUGUUAUAAAACAAUAUGUGUAACUAUAAACUUUAAAACAAUUCAAAUGAAAAGGCUUCACAUUUGUUCGCCCUAGGUUUCCAUAAAAGAUGCUUAAUUCGCUGACAUGGGUGCAAAAAGGAAAGCCGAAUGCUUCUGUGUUCCGCUCAGCAUCUGGUGUAACUAGAAAAUAGUUAAUGUACUUUUCUUGUGUGCUCUUGGUCUUCUUGACUACUUCUUUUGUGCCACACAUCACCUUUUAUUCAUUCACAAACUGCUGUCAGAGGACUCAAUGCGAACGUUUAACAGUAUUAACUAGUUCCAGCCACAAUCUGGAGUUAAUUGUCUUGGCAUGACUGCAGAGUGCAGUCUAGACAAACUUUUUAGUGGAUAAACAACCAACUCUACCUCCGAGCCACAGCUGCCCCUUUUGAACCAGUCUUUAUCAGGACACAGACCAUUGGUCUUCCUGUUGUGCAGUUAGGAUAUGAUCAAAAUGCUGCAGUUGUCACUUUCCAGUCUGAAACAGCCCAUAGCAUUGCUGUUGUAUAAAUGUGGUGCUGCAUGCUUUCGAUAAUUGGCAGAGACAUGUCCACUUACUGUGAUUAGCGCUUGGUUAUGCCAUGUGCUUAGCUCUGCAGGAAUUUUUGUAUAGACCAACAAGAACUUUUGGCCCAAUUGAGGAGGAUGUUCCUGAACAUUUUAUCCCCCAAAGAUGAAUUGAAUGCCACUGCCUUGAUUUACCUCUGGCAUUAGUAAAAGACCUAACAAGUUAGCUUAGAUGCACAUUUCAGGGAUCUGUGGCUUAUGGAUCCACUUGACUGAGAUGUCACUUCACUUUAAUAAGCUAUAAUGUGGGCAUGAGUGAUGUUAAAUUGUUGCUAAACUUCCACUUAAGUAAAACUGUUGGAAUUUGAAUUAUGUGUGGUGGCUCCCAAGAUCAUCUUUGUAAAAAUACUUCAUUAUUUUGCAUCAUCUUUGAAUAAGGGAUAGGCUCGUGGUGAAUGUGACAGGGAUUGGUAAAAUGUAUCAACAAAAAGACUGGACUAAAAAUCUUUUGAAAAAUCCACAUAUCAAAGACUCUCUGCAGCAGUUAAUGUGCUGUGGUGUGGUAGCUCAAAACUUUGGCCUGAUGGUGGCACCAGAGGGAUAGUUUUAAAUCUCACAUUUAAUGCUCACAUUCAAAAGCAUUAGUGGACACAUGCCCUCUUCAGAGUUAAUGUAAAUGCUGACUCUAGUUGGAAAUGAAGGGUAAAGCAAUUUAUCGGUCAAUAGACUGUGUUUAAGGCCUCUAAAAUAUACACUAUUGUAGUUCUAACAAAGAAGACUUACAAUAAUCAAUUCAUAUUGAAAAUCAAAGUCACUAAUGUUGGCAGUUGAUUUGAUAUCAAACCACUGAUUAACUAGUUGUUGCAGCACUACUCACUAUGACAAGUAUGUCGACACAGUGGCUAAUACAAGAGCUGAUCAUGUUUAAAAAACUCAGAUACUGUGUUGUGCUGUUGUUGCUGACCUGAAAAUCUACACUGUACCAUUGCUCUGUGUACCCAUACAAUUCUGUUAAAGAGUGGUGGCCCUUUUUUUUUUUUUACAAUGUAGUAAUGAAACUACAAAAUAAAACAUUUGGAAAACAAUCAAUACAGAAAUACCAUAUCAUUGGCUUGAGACCUUUGCUGUGCAUACUUGCAUAAAAUUCCUGCAUGGGAGCUCAUAGAGUCUAUGUUGUAUCAGCUCAUGGUAUGAUCUAGUGCUGUAGAGAGCUGUGUAGUGUGCUUGUGUCUGUUAGACAGUUUUCUGUGCUUCUUCUCAUUGAUUACUAACCAUGUUCAAGAGUGGAUCCACAGUAUAUUAUUCAUCUUGGGAUUGGAGUGAUUCAUGAGACACUUGGAUACAUUGCUAUUGUCAUGAUUUAUUUUUAUAAUUUUUGGGGGAUGCACUUGUAAAACUGUCUUGUUUUGAUUAUAUUUUGGUUUCAAGUACAUCAAGCUCAAUUUAAAUGUUGCUCAUGCAACUUUGUAAACAUUGACAAAUUUAUUGGAUUAAAAAUUCCCAAAGAUAAAAUGAAAUAUAUUGGCAGUUAUGAUUGUGAAGUGAUGGUGAAACCGUACCCCGGUGCCUAAAAAAAAAGUGUUGAAUUAACACUAAAAAAGACAUGCUCCUAGUUUAAGCAUAAUUAAAAUAUUUUCACUCAGUAUUAUUUAUGUUCAAUAAACUUGGUUAUUAUUAUCAUUCAAUUACUGAGACUGUUUUUUUUUUUUAUUAAACCUUGAAUGUUAAAGGACAUUCAACCGCCCUUUCUUAAAAUAAUAUGACUUGUUGGUGUAAAUUUAAAACUGUUGAAUGUUCAGUAUAAAAUAGUUAUACAACUGAUAAUGAUUUUACUUGCUCUUAACAUGGCAGGCACUUGUAAUUUUUUACAUCCCUUAAUAAGAUUAGGAGUUUCAAAUCACUGACAAGGGACAUCUUGUGUUUUAUGUGAACAGCAUAUUUGUAAAUUAUGAAUUGAACAGUGCCUCUUUUCCCAAAUUUUCUGGGAAAAGUGUGGAGUCUGGUUCUAAACAUUACUUAAGGAUUGCUCAUCCUGAACAGUGUUUUUGAGCACUGUCAGUAGUUAAACUUGUGUUGGUUUGCAUGUUGCUUCUGGAGUUUGUGUUUGGUUUACUCACCCCACCCCUUGAACUGUAGGCUUUGCAGCUAUUGCAAGAAGCCCCAGAACUAACUGUCAUGGCAGAUGUGAAAAAAAAAAACACUUCAAAGUGCUUAUCACAGCUUCUUCCCACCCAACACAGAAGUUGGACUCCAUAUCAAACCAAUAUCGAAUACCAGUAUCAGAUUAGUGCAUCCCCGAGUUAAGUAACAGCUAAAAUAAGUCGUGGUUGAAAAUAGUUUGAGACUGGAAUGAGACUGCUUAGUUCUGGCUAGGGCUGGGCAAUUUUGGAAAAAGUUUAUACGAUUUAUAUCAUGAUAUAAAAAAUGAAAUUUAACAGUGCUUAUUGGUGGCAUGUCUUUUGCAAUACAAUAAGCUACUGAAUCUGAGAGGUCUUUGUGUCUCUUCGACAUUUGGUCAUAAGGCGUUGCGCUACAGAAUGCGGACUGAAUGGUCGGCUGUUUUGGCUGCACAGGUGCCGUGGGCUCCUUGCUCCGCUUGAGGUUUGUAACCUUUUGCAUUGCGCGUGCUCUGCCGGGUGGCUCUGCUUCAGGUGGUGAAAAAGAUUUGAGGUAUUCUCCGACUUUGCAAGAACAUGUACUUUACAAAAUUUGCAGUGCACAUUAUUCUACUUUAUGUCCGCUCUCAAAAAACCGAAAUACCUCCACACCACCGACAUUUUCGUGCCAGUGUUGUCGAGGAUGUUAUCAUCUGUUGAGCACUCACCUGCAUUUCUGCUGGGGGUAGAAAACAUGGCAGAAUGCCGACUAUUGAAAAGCAUAUUGUCCAUGUUUUAUAUUGAUGUUGAGGGAAAUUAGUUUUCUCACUAUAUAUAUAUCGUAAUCAUUUUAUUGCCCAGCCCUAGCUCUGGCUAAGCCUUUGAGAAUAGUUGCUCAUACAAAAUAUGACAAAAAACAAAGGCGAUGGUUUUGAUUCACCUAAAAAUAGUACAGCUAUGGAAACACAUACAGUGCAUUCCCAUUUCAAACACCAUGCAUCUUUGACAGAUAACAUGGUUAGUAGUCAAAAGUGUUUUCACUGGUCUCUUUUAUCAUCCAUAUCCAUCCAUCCUGGAUCUUCCUGCUCUUUACGUUUUUGACCACGCCCAUUGCGUGCUGUGGUACGUAGAAACUCUCAUGUAUUCAUAGAAACAGUUGAAGGUGAACCUGGGUGGUGCUGCAUAUUCCUUGUUAGUUCAUUAAUUUCAUACUCUCUGUAGUUGAUGGGCAUUCCCUCUGAGUAUUUGAUGAGUGACCUCUCUGUCACAAAGAUAAUCUAUAUUUCUACAUCGAGCAUUAAUCGAUCUGACUGGUGAUGAUAACGAUGAUGCCUUUUUAGCACACAGAUGAUCAAUGUAAUUUGGUCUACUGAAAUAGCCCACCAUAAGGAACAGGCAGCCAGUCCCAUCAGUCACGUGGUACGGGGUGCAGCGACGUCAUUCGGGCAGAGAUUUGUGAAGAAUAAGCAGACAGAAGUGAAGGAGCCCCGGAGGUGCGGCACUUUCUUAGCAUUUGCACCGUUCCUGUUGUUGUUUUUUUGUUGUUUCCCGGCCAGACAGAGAACAGAGUAUCUGUUCCACAUUAUAGAGACCCAAAUGCCCGGUCCCACCCAAGCCCUUUCCCCAAAUGGAGAGAAUAACAACGACAUCGUCCAGGACAACGGAUCCAACAUCAUUCCUUACAGGAAAAAUACAGUGCGAGGAGAGCGCGCCUACAGGUAAAUCAGUGUAAAGUCGCAUUUGAUUUUCAUGUAGGGAAAUCAUCAAAGGGACAAGACACUACUGCAGACACAACCCCGCAUUCUGGCCUGGCCCUCCUUCGCGUCCUGUGUUGGUUUUGCUUUGCACCCAUCUGCUAUUUUUCCUCCCCCUGUUGUCUCUCCUGUCAUGUUAGCUCCCAGAAUGGCGUAAAUCGCUAUCAAGCUAGCACAAAUCCUUAUUCAUCUUAAUCGGGUUUAUAGUCUCCCAUCCCUCUACGAUUAUUGCUGACACGUGUUAAAUGCGAAAUGGUUAUGUGCGCAGUGGCACGGGCAGAUUUUUUGGUGGACUGGUUGUCAGAUGACAGGAAUACACCGACAGACGCCCCUGCUGCUGCUGCUGCUGCUCCUGCUGCUACCAGAAUAUUCCCAUCGUGACAUGACACUUAACGCAGCUCAAACACUUAAUAUCACAGCGUAUGUAUAUCUGGUAUCGUGUUUCCAUGUCUACGAAACUUCACCAGUUGCCGCACCAGCCCGACGAUCCCCUCCUCUCUAUGAAUCGCGGCAUCAGCCCAGCCCUGGUAUCGGCUGGCUAUCUGUACCCCCGGCUAACAAAGCAUGCUAGCAGCGAGCGCAUACAUCCGCUUUGUUGACAUGGGAUCGGCUGGCCCACUUUUCCUUCUUCCUUUCCUUCCCGGAGAAUCAGUGAACCGAGGCACAGCUCCUGCAGUGCUGUGCUGUGCUCUGAUAGCCAAACUUUACAGCUGAAGGGUUAUUAUUAUCAUCAUCCUGCAUAGACUGGUAUUUGCCAGACACGGACGAUGAUGAUGAGGCAUGAUUCAUUAGCAUUUCUGCUACAGAGAGUGGUGUGAAAAGGCAGCCCAUUGAUGGAGUUAAGCUGCAAAAUAAAGGACUGCUCUCUUGAUGGACAUAUACUGUAGAAUGGUUAUAGCUGAAAUACACACUGAUGAUACUGAUUAGGCUUUAAAUAACCAAAAACACCCUGUUUUAUGCUUGUGAGAGUAAUAUUGCAGAGAUGUACUACUAAAACAUAGUAUACAUUUCUCCACAUGAUCUCUACAUUAUUUUUUUCUAUAAGUUAGUCAAGAUACACUUUAAUGUAUGGUUGUGCGGGAAGUACUUGGACCGAGACCUUUUUAGUAUUAAGGGUCUAGGAAGUUAAUUCUAAGCUGUUACUCAUUGUUUUGUGGCUAAGCCGUGUAACUCUUUAAUCUGUGGCUUACAGAUCAAACUGUGAACUCCCCCUAUAAAUUUACGUUGGCACACCGUGUGCUCUCUGUAGAUUCCUGCAUAUAGAAAGUGUAAGCAGCGAAAGAAUUCAAGAGACAUGUGAGUGAAAUUACAGCAUCUUUCCGCAACCAACUCACCAUGAAAAUCUAACUUAAUCUGAAGUCUAAUCACUACACCACAGACACAAACAAGGUCUGCUACAACUGGGGUAUGAACACGGCACUAACAUAUUCUGUUUUUCUAAAGUAAAGAAGUUUUAGAGUGUAAUGUGUGACUUAAAAUACUGGUGACGGAAGUCGUGGAUAAGUUGUCUGGGUUAACUGAUGUACUGUUAAAGAAUCUGUUAUAAUGUACACCGAUUCAGUGAAAUUCAAUUGCCAUUUGAUUUGCAGUGUGACCAACAAGGUUUAAUGUGUCAGUUACUUGGUUCAGUUGUGCCUCUAUCAUCGAGGUUGGAGCCUUGUGCUUUGGACUCAAAAAUGACACGUGAAGACAUCACACUGGGCUGUGGGAUAUUGUGAUGGUCUAGGUCUGCAUUGGAUUCAGUGGGGUUGUGGCACAUAUUCGUGCUUCUUGCUGGGUUUGUCCGGACAUGCAGUAGAGAGGAAAUUGUGAAUCAGUUUUUCUGCAGGGCUUUCAGAGAAAUCUGAGGCUUUGUAACAAAAUUACCAAUAAAUUUGACCUGAUAUUUUGUUUUAUUUUGAAUAAACAUUGACAUACUACUUCUGUUGGUAACCUUUUGUCAUCAUUACUUAUAAGAUAUUUGAGAAGUUAUGUAAGUGUGUUUUAUGUGCAAGAUUUCAGACACACAGCAGGAACACUCUUUAUAUUUUACAAUGUUAUCAAAUCAUGUAUUUUUCAGGUAAGGGAACUAGUGUAAGGAAUGAGGAUCUGCAGAUUUUCUCUCAAGUCACUGCUUUCAAUUGUAAGAGUUGUUCCUUUUUUUGCAGUUGGGGGAUGGCGGUCAACGUAUAUUCUACCUCAAUAACCCAGGAGACUAUGAGCAGGCAUGACAUCACUGCCUGGGUUAAUGAUAUUCUCUGCCUAAACUAUACAAAAGUGGAGCAGCUCUCUUCAGGUAAGAACAGAGUUUUAAAAAAAAGUCCUUCAGUACUCUUUAUCCUGUUCUCUCAGCUUGUACGUUAUGAACCAAAGGAUGCAUGUUUCAGAUGAAAUGGCCACCUGUGAGGGUUUCGUUUAAAUUUCAGUCUAUUCUGGCAGUUUAAAACAACCUGUAGCGACAUGCUCACCUUUCCCUGGCAGAGACUUGUCUAUAAAUAAACCUGUAGCCUACCGUGUUCUUCUGCUGUGACCAAGUAAUCCAAUUUCAGUCACUACAGAAACACACACAGCCCCCUGCUUUUCUUCAGGUGUAAUCUGCUUCUUUGAUUACUUAUGUGCCCUCUGUUUGGAAGAGGGUGAGCACUUCGAGAUAAAAGUCACAUAAGCUAGAGUUGAGCUGGUGUCCUCUUUUUCCAAAGGAUUAAGGUCCUACAAGGCUUCAGGCUUAUAUAUGCGAUGUUGCUGAGAAUUUGCAGUUCAAGUCCCCUUUUUUUUUUCAGAAACAAGGUUAAUGAUCUAUUAUUACAAAGACAUUCCCACUUUUUUAUUUUUGAUAAUUAAGGCAAGCAUGAUGCAUCCCGGCCUAUAUCUGGACUCAGUCUUCAGUAUUUUCUUGGAUUAUCUUUGAAGAAAAAAAGUCCUCUUUUGUAAGAUAAUUUUUUACUUUUUUUGCAUCUUUAGGAGCUGCUUAUUGCCAGUUCAUGGAUCUGCUCUUUCCUGGUUGCAUCAGUCUUAAGAAGGUCAAAUUUCAAGCGAAGCUGGAGCAUGAGUACAUUCACAAUUUCAAGCUGUUGCAGGCAUCCUUCAAAAGGAUGAAUGUGGACAAGGUGACUUCGCUCAUCCUUACAUUUCUCUUGAACGGCAUUUAUUUUAUUCGCAGUUUGAAUGAAGUGCACUUAAUUUGUUAUUAUUCUUCCUCUCUGUUUAGAUUAUCCCUGUAGAGAAACUGGUCAAAGGUAGAUUUCAGGACAAUCUCGAUUUCAUCCAGUGGUUUAAGAAGUUCUUCGAUGCCAAUUAUGAUGGUAAAGACUAUGACCCAGUUGCAGCAAGACAGGGACAGGAUGCUAUCCCCCCACCUGAUCCUGGAGAGCAGAUCUUCAACCUGCCAAAGAAGUCCCACCAUGCAGCCAGUUCUCCGACGGCAGGUAAUCUUCAAACACUGCUGAAAAGAAGCUUUUCUUUUGCUGUUCAAACAGAUAUGUUUGCAGGCAUUACCUUUUUAAAUGCUAACAUUGUUGAUCACUAAUCCCUAAGUAAAGUAAAACAGAAAACACUUUUGUCUGCUGCAGGAGCAUCAAGGUCAAGCUCAACAACUCCCAAAUCCUCAACGCCAACAUCCAGACCCUCUUCAGCCAAAAAGAUCCCUGCAGCAGCAGCAGCAGCAGCAGCAGCAGCAGCAGCAACUCCUGCCAAAGGAGAGAAAGAACUGGAAGCACAGGUCACACAUCUUACAGACCAGGUGGGUUCAUGAAAAUCUAUGUUUGUUUUUGUUGUGUGUAAAACUUUAAUUCUGGUUAUUUUAAGAUAUUAAUGUUCUUUCAAAAUUAAACGAUCAGAAUAUCAAACUAUCACGGUUUGGCUAAAACUUAGUAUAACUCAUCGAUUAAUCUACUUAUUAUUUAAAACUUUAAAACUAACUGAUUCAUUCUCAUAAAAUGGAGUCCCCAAGCCCAAGUAGAUAUCAGCCAAUGAGCUUUUUUCUCCCAAACCAACUUCACAAAUAAAUGCUUUCAUUGUGUCAUUAUAGUCAUAUAAAAAGGUUAAAUGUUAAAUAUGAGAGGAGGAAUCCAGGACUUCUUUUUGAUUACAAUUUUUAUUGUUUUUGCCUAGGCAAGAUCAAAACGUUUGUUCAUAAUCUUUUUAUAUAUUCUUAUAGCCUAAUUUAUUUCACGUAUCAGAAAUCAGGGCUGAUACAAACUCAUUUAAGUGCACAGUUAUAGUUGGCAUUGCAUAUCACAGUUUUUUGGUUUCCACUUUCCAUGUAUUUUUUAAAAAAUACUUAAUUUUUGUGUUAUUGGAAAUACAAAAAGUACAGAAAUUAUACAUGAAAGAGAGAUGACCUGACAUGUUAGGCUGUGUUGACAAAUGACUGAUUAUGACAAAUGAUUAUUUGAACAAUGAUUAGAAAAGACUGAGUUGCAAUCGAUAAAAGAAUCAGUUAGCCAGAUUCCUGUGGACUUAAAUGUGGUUGGCCUUUAAUACAGUUUGCUUUAUCAUUUAAAGUUGCUAUGUGUUUAAUAAAUAUACGUUUACAUCUGAAAGGUGUUGCUUGUUGUGAUGUGACCUCCAGAAAAUUAUCAGCUGAACAUGCAGCUUGUCUCAGAUUUAAGCGUUUUGUUGUCCAGCCUGUCACUUCAGCUUCUCGUUCCUCCUCACAGUGUUGUUUCCUGACACGGCCGCUGCACAAAGUGACUCACUGGCGAACAAAUUCUCAUUUCAUCCUUGACUUGUUGACCCAUUUUACUUGGAGCCUUUUCCCACCAGCCAAAGUCAUGAAUAGUAUCUGAUACUUAAUUUGUGUCACUUUAAGUGGACUUAUAUACUGGUGACCACUGAUAUGCAUCAUCAAUCACUUGAACUUAAAUGUGCUAGGCAAGUCAAUAAUAAAACUGUCUCUCUUAAAGUGCUUUAAGCAACGUCUUGCUGGCAAGUUUACUUUUUCAACUCAAAAAGGGGGUGUGUAAUGAUCCUGUUUGACUCGUCUCUGCAGACGCUGACUGGCAGAAAAAAACUUAUUAGUGCAGUUAAUCCUGAAUGAACCUUGUAUCUGCUGAAUGUCGCUAAAUCCAAGUCCUUUCACGGUUUCUGAUAACAUAGCUUGCGUGUGUAUGUAAUACAAAGCUCUCUGUGUGUGACACAUCUGUUUGUUGUCCAGUGUAUCUUGUGACUCCGUAUCUGUUGCCUUUUGCCUGUUACCUAAGUCCACACAGUUUUGUGUGAGUUCAUAUCAGUGCAGAAACUCAUGUUAGCGACUGUUGUUUUUGCAGGUUAACACGUUAAAGUUGGCACUGGAAGGAGUGGAGAAGGAGAGGGACUACUACUUUGGCAAGCUGCGAGAGGUGGAGCUGCUGUGCCAGGAACAGGGUGAAGAAAACGGCCCGUUUGUCGACCGGCUAAUGGAGGUCCUCUACUCCUCAGACGAACAGGUCAGUCUGUGACCUGUAUAUUGAUCUGAACAGAAUCGAGAUCAAUUUGAAGCUGUCUUUUUAUCUGCCUUAGAUUAGUUGUUUGCUGCUGUGUAUUCACCAGUAAAAAAUGUGAGUGCUAUUUUCUCUUGUGGUUAAAUCAUGUGGAAGUUAUGAUAUGCUUAAAAAGAUAAGAAGUCGGCCUUUGUGUCUACUCAAGUGUGUCUGCCUCGGAGCACACUUUGGUAGCACUCAUCUUAAGCUGUGUCUGCCUCCAUUUGUAGGAGGGAGCAGAGCUGGCUGAGGGUGACGGACAAGAAGUGGACCAGCAAGCCCCGGACGAGGCACCAGACGACCAGCAGGAGGAACAAGACGAAUACUGACUGCCAUCAUUGUCAUCAUUAUCCCUCACUACAGUUACACCCCUCUUUUUAAUAUGUGAGAACUGUUGAACGGAUUUUGAUUUUUCCUCAUGGUUCCCUUUUUGUUCUCUCUGAGACUGAGCACAUGAAGCAACCUCCUGAAUGCAAGCACCAUCACAGUUUUUAUUUUUUUCGUAUCUCUCCUCCGCUCACUGUUUGAUGUUUUUUGUGACUUUUGGUGAACUGCUGUGGCAGGUUUGUGGAGACAACCUCCAAGCUCAGACCAUCACAGAAGUUUCAGAGGACUGUGGGUGGAAAGUCAGCUCAAAAUCUCAGAAGUGAUGAAAUGCUGAAGUUUAGACAGGUAACUGUUAUCUGUCAGUGCAAGUGUUAACUCCCCAGCUUCUCCUUUUUUUUUUUUUUUUUCUUUUUCUUUGUUUUGUUUUAUAUUUUUCAUAUCAACUAUAUUAAUCACAAAAAUGCAAUAAGCAAAGCCCGGAAAGGGCUCGUAGUGGCUCUUAUUUAACCUCCUCCUUCCAUAAUUUGCACUGACAUUUGACUCUGUACUGGACAAUCUGUCCAUAGACCCUCACCAUAUUUAUUAUUAUUAAGCCUUAGAAAUAGUGCAAGAUCCUGCAUUGCAUCCUCAUGAAGGAGGACAAUACAGCUGAUGAAUUGUGAAUUAAAUGUAGUUUAAUGCCAACUUAUGACUGUUUGACAGCUAUCCACACGCAAAUUACAAGAUUUCAGAUAAUCAGUGUGUUCAACGAUGUGUUAUUCACACCAUACAAGGUGGUUUGGUUAUAGGUUACUUUUGUAAGUGAUGAACAUAGGGAAGGAAGAAUCAUUAUUGUGGUCUAGUCUUACAAUGGUGCAGCAUUUUAUGUUUUAAACCUCAGCUGGAACUUGUGGUCUGUUCAGAUUUCAGCUGUUUGUUUCUGAGUAUUUCUUUUUUUAAACCACAGGUCUUAGGGAGUCGGUUCACUGAGUAAUUUGCCAUCCUAUAUUCCAGUAAGUACAUUGUAUACCCUUUCUUAAUAUUGCAUUAACUAAUAUUGAACUGGGCAGUGCACCAUAAUGCUUUAGUCAUAUAUAAUUGUGUAAAUGAAAAGGAAUGUAAACAUGUACUGUCAAUAAUUAAUGAAUGGUAAAUGUUUUUUUCAUGUCCCACUCAUUAUGCAUUCCCCCAAAAAUGUGUUGCAUGUAUGCAUUUUAUUUGUGAAUAACUUGACCUGCUUUUUACAUAUUUAAUAAAAAACAAGUAUGUUAAGUGAGCUUUUUGUAUGGUUAACCUGCUAUUUGAAAGUUGUUGAGAUUCGGAUGGAUUUGCUGUAAUAAAAUUACAAUUUUAAGUUCA